CUAUUCUAAUUUUCCUUCUGCAUACUGUAUUUCUUCAUUAUUUACAGUAUUGCAUAGAAAUUUAUGGCUCCCUCUAGUGGAAACUCUGAAUGCUUAGAUUUUUUAUAAUUUUAUAUAUUUUUAAAAUAAUUUCACAUGUUAAAAUAUAAAAUUUGGUAGGAUAAAUAAAACGUUUGGGAUAUUAUUUAACAUUCUUUCCUUGAUCCUUAUUUAAUCACUGUAUUUCAGCCUGCAUCAUACAAUUACAUUUUAGGAAUAUAUAAUAUAUCUAUUAAUCUUAUUGUUUAGAAAGACAGGUAUUAGUUAGAGAACAUAAUUUCCUUUUGAGUUAGAUAAUUCAUCAUCAGCUCUUUCUUUCUCUUAUAAAAGAGUUAUUGAAGCUAUAAUGAACUCAGACUGCAACUACUUUGUACGAUAGGCAAAUAGUAUACAAAAAAUUUCUACCAACAUUUAUUUCCCUUGUGCUGUGACUGUAGAUGAAAUCUAUAAAGUGAAAACAAUUUUCUUUUUGCAAGACGUAGGAGUUGGAAUUGGACAGCACUUCAGAUUUAAAGGCAAAAAGGCAUGCAAGCAUAUGCCUACAACUUCCUCAGUCAAAUCCAUCUUUCCCUGAGAUCAUGCUGCAAUGGUAGAGAACAGCUGUAUAAUUCCAUGGAAAGGUCCAGCUGCCUUAAGGAGCUGCAUACGUCAAGGGGAGCCACCUUUGGAGAAUGGAAUGCUUCCAUAUCUUGGCUGUGCUUUACAAUUUGGGGUCAAUCCUCUCAAAUUCCUCAGGGAACGACAAAAGAAGCAUGGUCCCACUUUCACAUGUCAAUUGGCUGGAAAAUAUGUCCAUUUCCUCACAGAUCCUUUCUCCUAUCAUGCAGUGAUGCAACAAGGAAAAAACCUGGACUGGAAAAAAUUCCAUUUUGCAACUUCAGCAAAGGCCUUUGGACACGCAAGCAUUGAUCCAAGCGAUGGAUUCACUACUGAGAAUAUGCACCAUACCAUCAUAAGAAAAUUGCAGGGUAAUGCCUUAACAUUUCUCAGUGAAACUAUGAUGGAGAACCUGCAUUAUGUCAUGGUGGAGUCAAGUGCAGAAAAAAUGAAUCUCAGUGACUGGGUCACUGAUAAGCUUUAUGAAUUCUGCUAUCGUGUGAUGUUUGAAUCUGGGUUUUUAACACUUUUUGGUACAGAAUUUAAUACACAUCAAGACAAGUUCCUUGCUUCUAGUCAACAAGCCCAGAGAGCACGUAUCCUCAGUGCCCUAGAGAACUUCAAGGAAUUUGACCAAAUCUUCCCAGCUCUUGUAGCAGGUCUUCCAAUCCAUCUAUUUAAAAAUGCUUACAGUGCACGAGAGAAGCUAGCUGAAGCUCUGCUCCAUGAGAACCUUAAAAAAAGAGAAAACAUUUCUGAACUCAUUUCUCUCCGUAUGUACUUGAAUGAUACAUUGUCCACCUUUGAUGAUAUGGAUAAAGCAAAGACACAUCUUGCAAUCCUCUGGGCAUCACAAGCUAACACAAUACCUGCUACAUUUUGGAGUUCAUUCUAUCUUAUUAGGAAUCCCAGUGCAAUGAAAGCAGCUACAAAAGAGGCGGAACGAGUGCUGAAAGAUGCUGGCAAAAAGAUCUGUUCAAGCAGGAAACCCAUUUGCUUGAAUCAAAAACAGCUAGAUGACAUGCCUAUAUUAGACAGCAUUAUAAAAGAAGCACUAAGACUCUCCAGUGCAUCCAUGACAGUCCGAGUUGCAAAGAAAGAUUUUAUUUUGCAAUUGGGCAACAAUUCCCACAAUAUCCGCAAAGACGACAUCAUAGCUGUUUAUCCCCAGCUGUUGCAUCUUGAUCCUGAAAUUUAUCCUGAUCCACUGACAUUCAAAUUUGAUCGUUAUCUUGGAGAAAAUGGAGAAGAAAAAACUUUCUAUCGUAAUGGUCGCAAAUUAAAAUAUUAUUAUAUGCCGUUUGGAACAGGAUUGGCAAAAUGCCCGGGAAGAUGGUUUGCUAUUAAUGAAAUCAAACAAUUUCUGGCUUUCUUGCUUUUCUAUUUUGAAGUGGAGCUAAUUGACAUGAAUGUAAAAUGCCCUUCCUUGGAUCAAUCGCGAGCUGGACUUGGUGUUUUGCAACCUUCAAAUGAUAUAGAUUUCAAGUACAGAUUAAAACUUCCAUGAAUGUGAAGAGCACUCUUGUGUUUUAGCAUCAGUUCUCCAAAGAGGUAGAACGGUCCAUCAAGUAAGCGUGUUGUUGCAAUAUACUAGAAAAAAAGAGACAGUUUGGAUAAACUGCUAUCAUUGUUUUAUAUGGUUGUAUAGUAAAUAUUUUCUGUAAAUCAGAUUCCUGAACUGAUUCUUGUGAGUGCUACAGAUAGUUCAGCUCACUAAAUGUGCUUGUAUUGGUUUUGAGACCAGAUCAGAGUAAAGGGAAAAGAUGAAAGAAGGGUUGACCGUCCAUAACCCCAAAGCCUUCCAGAUUAAAGCUAGAGACAAGAUUACUUCACCACAUUUUGAAAAGCAAUAGAACAACCUUGCACCAUGCUGCCUUUUACGCACUUGCAAAUAAAACUUGCGAACAUAAGAUCAUGGGUUAGACUUUAGGUCACUGAUAAAAUGUGUAAAAAACUCAUUCUAAUACUCUACUGGAAGAGCAUGAAAUACUUUUUUAGACAAGAGUGAGCCAGCUUUCCUUAUGGCUUUUGUAGACCCUGAUCUAUAACAUCAUCCCAGAUGAAGGUAUGGAUAUUGUGCAUUUCUGUUUGUUUGUGUAUAACUACUGAGUAUAGAUUUUAUUUUUCUUCAAUAAAAUAUUUUAUUC